AGCGCGCCUUCUCCGCGCACGAAUCGGCCGGCGAGCGCGACGCCUCUGCUCGACUCGAGCAGAGUGACGUCAUGCUGACGUCACGAUGAUGUCAGCGAUGUCUUUUCUUUAGAAAAAUAAAUCCCGAAUACAUGUUUUAUACAUAGUAUAUACCCUGCCCUGUGGACCCCACAUGUCAGUGAAACAAACCUUUUCGCAUAUGAAUUUCCUGUAAGAAAAUAAAUGGAGAAAAACCAAGAAAAUCUAGGGUUCAUCAGAAUAGUUUUUUUUCACCUUUUAAUCCUGAAUUUGAUUUUCAACCAUGCAUAGCUUUAUCAUUUUAGCUCCAAAUUAGGUGAUUCUUUUUCCUAAAAUCUCCUAAAAUCAUGUUCUAUCAUCUCAUGGUGUUUAUUUGUGUUGGGAUCUUAGCUUCUUAGAUGCCCAAACAGUAAGCAUGAAUAGUAUGAAAAUGGCAAUGAAAGUAGGCACUUAAUUCUCCAGUAAUAAUCAGAAAAUUCAACCCUUUACACUGUGGAGAGAGGGGGCUAUUUAUACCCCUAUCCCUCGGCCAGGUUUUCCUCAAUUGCCCCCUUCCAACUCAUUUACAGCUCACUUACAACCGGUUUCGGGGUAAAAUUACAAGGUUGGAGGUGUACAAAUCUGACCUUCUCACGUAUUCAGGUGUACAAACCCGACCUUCUCACGUAUUCACGUUUUACACGCACGCUUACACCCGACAAAGGUCUUCGUUUCCUUCGGGGUACUUCGGGGGUCACGGCCCCGAAGGUUCUGUCUUCGAGCGAUCAGCCGUCACCUUCGUUCCCGAAGGCAAUCCCCUUGGUCCCGAAGGUCCUGGUCUUUAAGCUUGUGCUUCUGAGUGACCAUUCGUCACCUUCGGCCACCCGAAGGUGAGAUCCUUCAUUCGUCGUGGGUCUUGGUCUUUAAGCUUGUGCUUCUGAGUGACCAUCUGUCACCUUCGGCCACCCGAAGGUGAUAUCCUUCAUUCAUCGCGGGUCUUAGUCUUUAAACUUGUGCUUCUGAGUGACCAUCUGUCACCUUCGGCCACCCAAAGGUGAUAUCCUUUAUUCAUCGCAGGUCUUGGUCUUUAAGCUUGUGUUUCUGAGUAACCAUUCGUCUCCUUCGGGACCCGAAGGUGAGCUCCCUGGCCUGGGCGAUCUCGGGAGUGACCGUCACCCCUCGGGUAUGCUCGCCUUCCUUCGUUGGAGCCCUGCAAACGAGUUAGGGAGCAUUUCCGAGGGUGGGAACCUAUCCGAAGGUCCAAUCCCCAACAAUUUGGUUGUUUAUUGCUGUUUAUUUGGUUCUUUUGCAUGUGUUGUCGUUCGUCCGAUUCACGUAGACAACAAGAUGUUCGUAACUGUGCCAGACGCCGAGCUAAUACUUAAGAAUAUGAACAAUCAGCAGCAAGACAAGCACCUCCUUGAUCAUUUUUUGCUCAUAUAUGAAUUCCUAAGCCUACAAAUAUAUGCAUGCGAUGAUGAUUUUUAUGAGUCCGAAUGUUAUUUUAUGUCGGGUAGACACGUCCUACUUCAAUGCAUUUAUCUUCCUUGUUAUUUUGUACCCCUUUUAUACCUUGUUACCCUAAGGUUAUGGGUUACUUGCGUAGUUCCGUCACAUGCUUAGUUGGCUUAGUAUUUGCGCAAUAGUCAAAUAGCAUCACAUGGGUUGUUUUCUUUUAAAGAAAAUAUACAUUUAUGUGGUUGUUUUUAAAAGGAUAAAAACUCUAUGGUAGAUGAGGGUGAAUAUAUGGUCUAGCGGUUAUGAUGGUACGAGGAUGAAGAAAAAGAAUGUGGAUAGAAAAAAAAUGGUAAAAUGGAUGAUGGAUAUGGCUUGGUACUGUAUGUGUUUUCGGCGCAUUUUAGGGAUUUAUCACCCGUGUCAAAUUAAGGACCGGUAAUUGGCACUAUUCUAGCCAAGUAUUACAGUGCAACCAUAUGACUAAAUGGGCACUGGCUUUAACUUAUUAAGUCAGUUGGCCCCGAGAGGAUGCUACCGCCCGAGUGCUCGAGGAGUUCGUUGGCGUCGGGGUAGCUAACCCGGGCAGAUGUACGGAGCCGAGAAACUCCUACAGUCUGUCGAGUAGCAUAUCUUGGAUCUAGUUGAUGUAACGGCUUUGUCAUGUUAGCUUGUCGACACAUCUAAGGGAUUGUGUAAAUGCGCCUUGGCUCCGCACUGGCAUCAAAGCGAUACAUGACGUAUGGGUAAAGUGUACAACUUCUGCAGAGUGUAAAACUAUUCGAAUAGUUGUGCUCACGGUCAAGAGCGCUUGAGCUAGUCGCCGGUUUUAGAGCUUUUGGUUUGAAAAUUUGGAAUGGGAACUGUUUGGAAACACUUGCACCGGUUCAAAGGUGGUGGACCGAUAUAGAUGGUCAAAGGACCGCGAAAUGGGAAAUAGGGAGUCAUGAUUGGUGAUGUCGGUCUGUUUUGUAUAAAACAAAAUAUUUUCAAAAUUAAGCGUACGAAGAUACACUCAAAUAAAAUGCAGUCUAGUGCUAGUGAACCAGUCAGCCUUCCUUGAUUAACCAUGCAUUAUUAUAGAAUUUUUGAUAUACACCCGAAAUCUUGUGAGUACAAAAUUGUACUCACUCUUGUUGCUAAAAUUUUAAAAUCCAGAGUUCGAAGAAGAGCCGCCUCAGUUCAGUUCCUUGCCGAGGGAUACGGGUUUUUGACGUUGGUUUUUUUAGAACUAACUUCCAGUCAGUUGCUUGUGGGAAUGGUGAGGCACAUUACUGUAGGAUGGAAGUCCUAUAUUUCUAUUUGCUUCUGCUACAAAUUAUAUAUGCUCUGAUUAAAUUUUAAUGUUACUAACAAGUUUUGAGUGCAGUUGUGAUACCGGUACUGUUGUGCGUACAAGUAUAGUAAAGCAUAAUGGGAACCUGGUAUUUGCUAGCCCGGGGCCCACACUCAUCCUGAAUUCCUGACCAGCAGCGAUCGCUAAACAAUGGCGGCGGCAGGCCCUAUAAAAAGGCCAGCUCCUCGCCGUCUCGGAGCCACGCCACCACCGAGUCUUCCUCCGGUCAACACUAGUAUCUUAGUGCCCCGCGUAGUGCUUACUCCACUUGGUAGUUCGCUCCUCUUCUCCCAGUGGAGGUGAGGCGAUGGCCUCGGCGGCAGCUUCCAGUGGCUUCCGACGCAGGGGCCGCGCUCUGCUCUCGCUCCUGGCGCUGGCGCUCCUGCUGAUGAGCUCGGCGCGGCGCGGCGCGGCCAGCCCCAGCAGGAGGCUCAUGGAGCUCUACAGGCCGCCCGCCGGCGACAUGCUGAGGUACCACGACGGCGCCGUUCUGAGCGGCGACGUCCCCGUCUCCGUCCUCUGGUACGGCCGCUUCACGCCCGCGCAGAAGGCCGUCGUCACCGACUUCCUCCUCUCCCUCUCCCCCGCGCCGCGGGGCCCGGCGCCCCCCGCCCCGUCCGUCGCCCAGUGGUGGGGCACCAUCAACCGGCUCUACCUCUCCAAGGCGGCGGCCGUAGGCAAGAACGGCGCCGCCGGGAGAGCGCGGGUGGUCCUGGCCGGGCAGGUCUCCGACGAGGCGUGCUCGCUGGGGAAGAGCCUGACGCUGUCCCAGCUCCCGGCGCUCGCGGCCGCGGCGCGCCCCGCCGCCAAGGCCGGCGGCAUCGCGCUGGUGCUCACGGCGCAGGACGUGGCUGUGGAGGGCUUCUGCGCGAGCCGGUGCGGGCACCACGGGUCGUACGGCGGCGGCGGCGGCGGCGCCCGCGCGGCGUACGCGUGGGUGGGGAAUCCGGGCGCGCAGUGCCCCGGGCAGUGCGCGUGGCCGUUCCACCAGCCGGCGUACGGGCCCCAGGCGCCGCCGCUGGUGCCGCCGAGCGGGGACGCCGGCAUGGACGGCGCGGUGAUCAGCGUGGCCGGCAUGGUGGCCGGCGCGGUGACCAACCCGUUCGGGGACGGGUUCUACCAGGGCGACCGCGGCGCGCCGCUGGAGGCCGCCACGGCGUGCGCGGGCGUCUACGGCAGCGGCGCCUACCCCGGGUACGCGGGGCAGCUGCUGGUGGACGCGGCGACGGGGGCCAGCUCCAAUGCGCACGGCGCGCGCGGGAGGAAGUACCUGCUCCCGUCGCUGUACGACCCCGGCACGGGUGAGUGCGCCACCUUGGUCUGAGAGGACAGAGGAGGACCCGUGUCUUGGCAGCAGGCAUCCGUCUCCGUGGAUGAUGUGAUUGUAUGCCAGGUGGUGUGUAUACUAGUUUGCGACGGUCCCGAGUGAUGGCGUGUUGUUAAUAAGUAUAUACUUGGAGUCCAAAAACCAACAGGAUGGUAGAACCGUAUAAAAUGUGAAGUGCUCUGUUCCAGGAA